UUCCGUGUGAGAAAUGCCCUCACUUUUACCUGCAGUGGCUGAACAACUUUUCCGAGAUAUCCAGAAAACAUACCAGGAAACGUCUCAAAGUAAGACGAGAGUGGUAAACGUUCCUGAUGACCUGCUUAUUGCUCUCAAGUUUGUCUUCGGGCCUUGUGCGUUACAGGCUUUGGACCUGGUCGACCAGCGUUCAGUCACCUGUCUGUCCUCUCCCAGUGGACGUAAGGCUUUCCAGGUAAUGGGAGGCUCUGGACGUUUGUACUCUUGCUUUGUGUCCUGCCACUAUUGUCCGUGCCCAGCCUUCGCCUACACCGUGCUCCGCAGAAAUGAAGGCCUGCUGUGCAAACACAUCCUGGCUGCCUACCUUUGUCAGGCCCUGGGUGUGACGGAGGAGGAGAGCGUGUCAGAUCAGCAGAUGUCCAUGCUGCUCAGUGGGACAGCAGCACCCUGACACCCAGUUUCAGAAGCUCAACAGGAACCUUCACAAGAACGCUGACCACCACACGGCAGCAGAGAACACGCCAAGCAUCAGGUGCUUGAAGAUGUGACUCGGUGGAAAGGCAGUGCUGCAGCUGUGUUCCCUCAGACUGUGAUGUUAAAGUAUGAGCACCGCGGAGAGCGAAAGAUUUGGACUCUGGACGUAGUCGUAUGUCUUUGCUAGCACAGAGGGGGAAAAGAGUGUUACAGUAUUAGCAUUGUGAUUAAAUGAGUCUUCAGUGCUGUAUGCUUUUAAAAAUGCGCUGUUUUCUCAAAGGGAAGUUUGCCUCAGCUCAGUCAGUGACUUCAGCAGCUUCAGGAGGACUGACUGUACGAACAGGGAUCCCAGCUGAGGGGGG